GGUGUUGUGGGUGAGAAGUGCAAGGAGCAUCCCGUGAGUUCGUCUCUUCCGUGUUCUCUAAGUGGCUUGUGACUCUGUAAGCUUCUUUCGAGAGGUUGUUGUUGUUCUCAUCAAGUUCACUCCGUGAGCUUGUUUUUGGAUUACUACUCGUUAAGGGUGCAGACAACAAAUCAGACCACGGCUACCCAACUCGAUUGCUUGACAAGGAUGAAACAGAACAUGACGGUCUCCAACCAACAGCUCAGCUAUAAGGCAAAGACAGAAUGAUGUAUUUCACUUGACUCCGAAAUGCAUGUGAUCCAACUUCCAGAUACAGUGGGUAGCCAAAAAAAACAAAACAAUCGGAAGAUGCUACUGUCCUGCUGAAGUACCUAGCUAGCUUCCUGCUUUCGUGGCCCAUUGCGAGCCACCAGUGUUGGAUAGUGGCUUUCCUUUCUCUUCUAUUUUGUCACAGGUGCUGCUGCUGAGACGUGGCUGAAGAGGCGCUGCUGCUUCCGCUACCUUAACAUUACUCUGUUUCCAUCAGUGGUAUCAGAGCCAGACGGCCCUUCGACUUCGAAACCAAGGUUUGGUAGCAUCUUGAUUGCUUGCGUCAACUAAAAAUGGCCCUGGUGGCACAACACGCGUCAUACAUGCAAUGCAUUGUUUCUAAGAUAAAGAGCUUUGCCUGUUACUGUGACAAUUCUGGUCCUAAUGUAGCUGCUUCAAAGCAUGUUGUAUCUGUCACUAGAUUGUCUCUUUCACAUUCAUAUCGCCUCUCUCGAUUUUCAACUGAUCCCUGCCAAAAGAUUUCCGUUGGAGUAACAAAAUUUGAAAGCAGGAAGGCAUGGGGAAGGCGCCCAGUGCAAUUGGCUGUUAGCACUUCUGGUGUUCGAAGUGCAACUACAUCUAUAAAAAAAGAAAGAUUGGGCUCUUGUUUGGUUUUUCCACCUUCCACUGGCAGAAAGCCUCAUUCCAUUAUCAAGUUUCUGGGUGGUGCCUUCAUUUCGGCAAUUCCCGAAGUUGCAUAUGGCUUAUUGAUCGAUUUGUUGGCGGGGGAAGAUUUUCUUGUGGUUGCUGUGCCUUACAACGUGACGUUUGAUCAUGAGAAAGCAGCCAAGGAAGUUUAUGAAAAGUUCAAUACGUGUUUGGAUAUGCUGUAUGCCACCGGUUUGCCUGAUGCUGAUUUACUGCCCAGUGAUGUGCUUGGGCUUCCAGUUUAUUCUGUUGGCCACAGCAAUGGGGCUCUCCUUCAGUUACUUUCAGGAAGUUACUUUUCUGAGAUGAUACCAAAGGCUAAUGCUGUUAUCUCCUACAACAAUAGACCAGCUGCAGAGGCUGUCCCAUAUUUUGAGCAGUUCGGUCCUUUGGUUACUCAGAUUACACCUGUUAUAGAAGCUUCACCUAUGUAUGCAAUGGCAAGAACUGCUUCAGGAGAUGCAUUGAAGACUCUCUUUGAUACUGCUGCAUCAAUAAUUGAAGAAUAUGACCGUGAAGCUGUGAUUUCAUUGACAAGAUUCACUGAACAGUUGCCCCUGGUCAUGAAUCAGGUGUAUGAAGGGGUGUCAGAAUUCAAGCCAACACCCUUUGAAAACCGUAAUUUUGUCAAGAACAGUUACAAUGUGCAGCAAACUUUACUGGUUAAGUUCAACUUUGAUUCUAUCGAUGAAACUGAUAUUAUUGAAGAAAUACUGAGGCCUCGUGUGAACAGUAUGGGUGGGAGGUUGGAGAAGGUAAUACUUAAUGGAAGCCACGUCACACCAUGUGCCCAGGACAUCAAGUGGCAAGUGGGUGACUUGUACACUCCAGCAGAUGCGCUUGCUCAGGGUUUAAAAUCUGCCUCUUUGAAUGACACAAGAGUUCUUGCUAGGACUAUAUCCGAUUGGUUUCGUGGUUUGGUUGGUAAAUGAAGAGCCAGAUGUCUCUUCCUCAAUUUCCAGGCUUUCACAUUUCAUUAUUUCAAGGCCCACCCUCAUAUACUUGCGAGGUGCUGUUCUGCUGUUUGUGAAUAUCGACAAUAUCGACACGAGGAGAAAUUGGGUGUACUACUGACACAGAAUGUCUGCUUAAAACAGUGUAUGUGCAAGCAGCCAAUAAGCGGGAUGUGUUAAUAAGGUGAAUGCGACUUGCCAGUAAUUUGUUGUAUACCAUUCCUUAAACAAUUUUCACCAAAAGAUAGAAAAUGUGAUGGAGCAAGAUUUCUUUUGAUCAGCGAGUCCGAGGAGUCCCCUGUUUGUACUGCUAUAUUCGCAUUGUAUGAUUACAGAACUGUUUUAGGUGCGUGUUUCCUUUGUCCUGAA